UCAGAUUAGUAACAACUGUAGUUAGUGAAUUCUUUGAUUCGAUUGGUAUUAUUCUUUUAGAUCUCAAAAUAUAUUCUAAUCGGAUUCAAGACUGCACUAACUACGGUAAUUACUAAGUCGAGGUUAGAAGUCGUGUAAACGUAGUCUAUAUGCGAAAUGUAACAACGGAGCAUCCUUUAUUUACAUGCGUAUCACUUACUGACAUGACUUUGCUCAUUUGAAUUUGAGAUGUUACGUAUUAAAAAUAAUAUCGGAAGAAGUCUGUAAUACUACGUCCUAAAGAGGCUAAAAAUUUUAAGAGAAUUUAUAGGAAAACUUGGAAAAAAUUAAUAUAUUUACUAAAUUGUCGUGUAUGACAGAGAUUUCGCACUUUAAUAUAAUUUUCUAUAAUAUAAAUCCUAAUAAUCCUGAGGAAACGGGUGACGGCAGGCUUGGAUGCUGAAUGUGUAAAAGUAACAAUAUAACAUCUCAAAAUGAGACCUGACAGCCCGCUUAGUCGCAAAUUAAAAUUUGCGAUUCAAGCAGAGAUUUUGCGAGCGCAUCAACGAGAUGUCGAUUUCAUGGAACAUCAGCGGGAGAAGUUGUCCGAAAUAUUGCACAAUUUUGGAUUACAUAAAAAAUGGUAUCGAUAUAUCCAACUCGACGCUCCAUUCAAAUUGAUUUACUUUGUCUUCACAUCAGGCAUGGGUAAUCAGACGUUGGGUGAAGAGUAUACUGGUAUAGUACAAGCUAAUCUGAAAGAACUCAAAGUCCCAUCAUUGACUAUGAGAAUAUUAGCCAUCAUGUUGGAGAUUUUUGGAGAAAGGAUAUUGCUCAAAUUGCUGAGACAACUGCAAGCACAAGUUAAUGAACCAGAUAACCAACUGACCACAGAAGCGGUAACAUUCUUAAAUAUCUUCCUGUUCAAGUUACGUGCCACAGUACCUAUACUUGUACUAUUCCACAAAGGGAUAUUCUACAUAUAUGGUAGAUUCUACAGCUGGGGUAGAAGAAUCACUGACUUAGAUUAUGCGAAGAUAUAUGGUCAACAAGUAUCCACUGUCAGUUGGGGAUUAAAAUUGUUAGGAGUUAUCACUAUAAUUCAAAGUCUAUUAAGAAUUUGGCAUGAUGAUGUGCCGCAGGAUACUAUUGCUAUCUCAAAUUCAUCCGAUAUAAACUACGCCAGCCAUAAUUGUCAAUUAUGCCUUGAGGCAGAAGCAACAACAGCAACAUUGUGUGGUCACUUAUUUUGUUGGAGAUGUCUUAGUGACUGGUUACGUAACAAGUCACAAUGUCCAUUUUGCAGGGAACAUGUGCCACCAUCAAGAAUUAUACACCUGAUGAAUCUUUAACUUUCUAUGUAAAAUAUAUUCUUUAAAUGUACAUGAGAGCUUCAUAUUGUACUGUACAUAGCAUGUAAAAAUUGUAUAAUAUAUAUGU